CAAAGCCAGGACUUAAAGACGUCGACGAAGGAGCGAUUAUAUAAUUGACCUGUAGAAGAGAAAACUGAGGAAAGACAACACACCAACAGCCGAUCAGACAUUACGACAUAGAUGGUGGCGUCAGACGACAAUUCUACAGCCAAUCAAAUAUUACAAGACAUACAAUCUGACAGCUAUUCCAUAAUCCACAACCAAUCAAAUAUUAUAAGAUAUAUGAUAUCGACAGCUAGACCAUAAUCCACAACCAACCAAAUAUUAACAGAUCAAAGAUGUCUAAAUCAGAUCAGGUCUGUUCCAGCAGUGAGUAAUUCGAUAACUGUCUAUAAUCACAAUGGAAAACUCACGUAAGGUCAGCACGUGAUCGUCAGUGUCAGACAGCGACCAACGUAUCACUGGAACCAACGUAUCCUAGGUGUCAACUAUAGCGUUACUUACAAAGCACAUUUUUGGAGAUUAUUAUUAUUAAGAUGGAAAAAUACACAACAAACAAUGGACUGAAUAUCACAUGCUGCUUUGGUGACGUCACUAAAGCCGAGGCAGAAGGAAUAGUGACUGGACAGUACUGUGAUAUGAAAAGGCCUAGUAUGGUGACGACGUCACUUUGUCAACUAGCGGGGAUUGAGCACGACGUUCUCUCCAAUCUCAUCGCUGCUGAACGCGGAACUGAUCACCUUGAAUUGGGAGACGUUUACUGUUUUCAUCCACGAAGUUACGGGAUCACACUCCCAUUCAAAACAAUUUGUUUUGCUGGAGUCAUGCGUCAUGGUGCCGCCCUAAUUAAUUAUGAAUGGAAAUGUAGCAUGCUAAAGCUAUACAAGGUGAUUUUAAAGGAAGCGAACCGGCUGCGAUUGAAGUCACUUGCAAUACCUCUACUGGGAGCAGGACAGGCUGGCGCUCCCUUGAAACUUGCUGUAGACGUUCUAAUAGCAGCAUUAUGUAACUACAAAGAAGGAACGUUAACCAACAUAUUUAUAGUCAGCUGUGAUGGCAAAGUCCAUAGUGAAAUAAUAAAACAAUGGGAAGAAAAGUUUGUUAAAGAUGCAGCUCCAAAAAAAGGUUUUGUACAAUCUGUCAAAAAUGCUGUCCAGACAAUUGAAAACAAAUGUACAUGGAACACAAACGACCGAAAAGGUCACAAGCACGACAAGCGUCAUGCCAAUCAAUCGCAAAUGCAGCAGGAUACUAAUUUCGGAAGUAACGUAGAUGUUCAUCGUUCCGCAUAUAAUUCCCGUUCUGUUGGUAGAGGACGUGGAAAACGGGUAUCAUUGGGGAAGGAACGUUAUGAUCAGAAAGCAUCUACACAAUCUGAUGCUACAAGACGAAAUGAUCAGCAUAGAGGUAAACCAUUCCGUCAUCAACCUGAAGCACCAAGAAUGGAUAAACAAAUUGGAGAUGGACAAGAGUAUAAUUCUCCGGAAGUAGAGGAUAGGCCAAACUCCAUCCCCCUUUUGGCAGACAUCCUGGUAAGCAGACAUAGGGCUGAAUGGAGAGCAGGAACACGAGUGCACACACUUCUGAUUGACGAGUCCACAAAACAUACUUCUGAUUCACCAGAAGAGUCCACAAAACAUACUUCUGAUUCACCAGACGAGUCCACAAAACAUACUAAACAGAUUUCUGGUUCACAAGACGAGUCCACGAAACAUACUUCUGAUUCACCAGACGAGUCAACAAAACAGAUUUCUGAUUCAUCAGAAGAGUCCACAAAAUAUACUUCUGAUUCACCAGACGAGUCCACAAAACAUACUUCUGAUUCACCAAACGAGUCCAUAAAACAUACUUCUGAUUCACCAGACGAGUCAACAAAACAGAUUUCUGAUUCACCACACGCGUCAACAAAACAUACUUCUGAUUCACCAGACGAGUCAAUACAACAUACUAAAUAUACUUCUAAUUCACCAGACGAGUCAACAAAACAUACUUCUGAUUCACCAGACGAGUCCACUAAACAUGCUUCUGAUUCACCAGACGAGUCCACAAAACAUACUAAACAUAUUUCUGAUUCAUCAGAAGAUUCCACUAAACAUACUUCUGAUUCACCAGACGAGUCCACAAAACAUACUAAACAGAUUUCUGAUUCACCAGGCGAGUUAACAAAACAUACUUCUGAUUCACCAGACGAGUCAACAAAACAUACUAAACAGAUUUCUGAUUCACCAGACGGGUCCACAAAACAUACUUCUAAUUCACCGGACGAGUCAACAAAACAUACUUCUGAUUCACCAGACGAGUCCACUAAACAUACUUCUGAUUCACCAGACGAGUCAACAAAACAGAUUUAUGAUUCACCAGACGAGUCAACAAAACAUACUUCUGAUUCACCAGACGAGUUAACAAAACAUACUAAACAGAUGUCAGAUUCACCAGACGAGUCAACAAAACAUACUUCAGAUUCACCAGACGAGUCAACAAAACAUACUUCAGAUUCACCAGAUGAGUCAACAAAACAUACUUCUGAUUCACCAGACGAGUCAACAGAACAUACUUCUGAUUCACCAGACGAGUCAACAAAACAUACUUCUGAUUUAUCAGACGAGUCCACUAAACAUACUUCUGAUUCACCAGACGAGUCCACAAACGAUACUGAACAGAUUUCUGAUUCAUCAGAAGAGUCAACAAAACAGAUUUCUGAUUCAUUAGAAGAGUCAAUAAAACAGAUUUCUGAUUCACCAGAAAAGUCAACAAAAUAUACUUCUGAUUCAUCAGAAGAGUCAACAAAACAGAUUUCUGAUUCAUCAGAAGAGUCAACAAAACAGAUUUCUGAUUCACCAGAAAAGUCAACAAAGCAGAUUUCUGAUUCAUCAGAAGAGUCAACAAAGCCGACGUCUGGUUCUAAUUCACCAACUGACCAGAGUAAACAACAGACAUCUGAUUCACCUGGAGAGUCAAAUGAACGUCUGACUUCUGAUUCCAUGGGAAUGGCAACUGACCAACAUUCUACCGUUUGCAAGACAACUGGACCCGAUACCUGUGCUAUCUGCAUGGACGAUAUCACCAACCCUAAACGUCUGAGUAAAUGCGGCCACACGUUCUGCACGGACUGUAUCGACAACUGUUUUAAUAACUUCAAGCCUGUCUGUCCCACCUGCAACAUGGUGUAUGGAAUCCUCACCGGGGACAUGCCUCCUGGGACAAUGAGCGACAAGGUCAUUCCUAACAUCAGUUGUCCUGGUUACGAAGGUCACGGGGUCAUCGUCAUUGACUACUAUUUUGAUGAUGGAACGCAGACGGACCAGCACCCGAACCCAGGCAAGCCCUAUCACGGAACUAGACGAAGAGGGUUUCUUCCUGACACCGACGAGGGGCGAUCCAUACUCCGGUUACUAAAAAUAGCCUUCGACCGGAUGCUGACUUUCACCAUUGGUCAGUCGACCAUCACCGGAAGAGAAGACACAGUCACGUGGGGUGAUAUUUCCCACAAGACUAAUACGCAUGGAGGACCAGACAGAAAUGCUUUUCCAGAUCCUACUUUUUUGUCACGAGUUAGGAACGACCUUGCGGACAAGGGUGUGACUGAACAAGAUGCCUGCCUUCAACAAACUGAGCUAGAUUUGCCAUAGUUAACUUUGAUAGUUGGGGUAUCACGAUACACAUAUGUAUCGAUGUAUCACGAUACACAUAUGUAUCGAUGUAUCACGAUACACAUAUGUAUCGAUGUAUCACGAUACAUAUAUAUAUCGAUGUAUCACGAUACACAUAUGUAUCGAUGUAUCACGAUACUACUGUUGAUGAUACGAUACACGUUAUCUUGUUAUUUUGACCCUAUAUGGAUUCCUAUUUUAAUUUCAUAUCGAUUUACAAAAACCAAUUUUGAACAUUAAUUUGAUGUAAGCACGUUAAAUUCCGACAUUUGGUCUGACAGUCUUGUGUGGGCAUACAACCAACACAUACUCUAUUAUUAGUUUAUUUAGAUGUGUCACAGGUUUGUAGAUUAAGCAAACUUAAGUGUCUAUUACCACGGCCUGAAAUUUUGAUGUGAUUUUAUCCUGCAAUCAAUCAAUCAUAUAUA